AUGGACAAGUAUUGCAAGCUAAAGAAUCUGGCACUGCCCACUUCCCCAACUUCCUCAAUUUACAACCUAAUUUACAGCCCUAGGUAUAGGCCAAUCGACAUGCCACCCACAUUGCCAGAGAAAACCGAUUACACACGAUGGCGACUAUUAAACGAGGACGGCCGACACACAUGGCACUACCUGGAAGACGGCGAGUCCGCGCGAAAAUGGCCCCAGACGUUAGCCGAUAAAUACUAUCUCGGUUUACCACUGGACCUUCCCAAUCUUCCACCGUCAACAUCCCCCUUGGAGGCAGUCCACAAUGGUCUGAAAUUCUUCUCUAACCUGCAACUCUCCGCUGGGAACUGGGGAUGUGAGUACGGCGGCCCCAUGUUCCUACUACCCUGCGUCGUCUUCGCGUGGACUGCAACCGCAACCCCGAUCCCCUGGUCUUACGCAACGGAGAUCAAAUAUUAUCUCUUUGCGCGAGCUGACCCAGUCGACGGAGGCUGGGGUCUGCACACCGAAGGCGAAAGCACCGUGUUCGGCACGAGCCUCAACUACACCGUCCUCCGCCUGCUCGGCGUCCCUGCCGACCACCAGGUGAUGAUUAAAGCCCGCACCCUGCUGCAUAAGCACGGCGGCGCCGUGUACGCGCCCCACUGGGCCAAGUUCUGGUUGGCGCUACUCGGCAUCGCGGACUGGGACAUUGUGAACCCCAUCCCGCCUGAAACGUGGCUCUUGCCGGACUGGGUGCCUGUCGCACCGUGGCGGUGGUGGAUACAUAUGCGGCAAGUGUUCCUGCCAAUGUCCUUUAUUUGGUCGAGACGGUGGACGAUGCCUGAGACGGAGGUGAUUCGGUCGUUGCGGAACGAGUUGUUUACUCAGGAUUGGGAGAGCAUUGACUGGAGAGGGAACCGAAACUCCAUUGCCGAGAUUGACAACCAUCAUCCGAAGACUUGGGUGCUCGGCUCUGUGAACUGGUGGUUGAGCGAGGUGUGGAUGCCGUUUUUGAGGCCGCGGUUCGUGGCUACCUGGGCUGAGGACUGGGUGAGCAAGCUGGUGGAUAUGGAGGAUGAGAACUCCGACUAUGCUGAUUUGGCAUCUGUGAACGGGCCAUUGAAUAUGGUGGUUUGUUUCAUACGGGAUGGGGGUGAUGCGUAUUCCGUCAGGAGACACCGGGAGCGGCUGGAGGAUUUUCUAUGGGUUAAUAAGGAGGGCAUGCUAGUGAAUGGGACGAAUGGGGUGCAGUGCUGGGAUACGGCAUUUUUGGUGCAAGCGGUUCAUGCCGCUGGUUUGACGGAGAGUGAGGAGUGGAGGCCUAUGUUGGUGCGGGCGUUGGAGUUCCUGGAUCGCCAGCAGAUCAGGGAGAACUGUAAGGAUCAGGAGGUGUGCUAUCGCCAUCCGCGGAAGGGGGCUUGGGGGUUCAGUAAUAAGGACCAAGGGUAUGCUGUGUGCGAUUGUAUCUCGGAAGCCUUGAAGUCGGUGAUUCUGCUCCAGAAGACCCCGGGAUACCCGCAGUUGCUUGAUGAUCGGAGGAUCUUUGAUGCCGUUGAUACGUUGCUCACGUAUCAGAAUCCCUCUGGCGGAUGCUCAUCUUAUGAACAGACUAGAGGUGGGGAGUAUAUGGAGAUGUUCAAUGCUGCGGAGGUGUUUGGACGGAUCAUGGUUGAAUAUGAUUACCCUGAGUGUACGACUGCGGUGGUCACAGCAUUGACAUUGUUUAAGAAACACUGGCCGGAUUACCGAUCGAAGGAAAUCGAGGUCUUCAUCCAGCGUGCGCUGGGAUAUAUCAAGAAAGCCCAGUUCCCUGACGGCAGUUGGUACGGAAGCUGGGCUGUCUGCUUCACGUACGGCACCAUGUUCGCUUUGGAAAGUCUGGCAUCAGUGGGAGAAACAUAUCAAAAUAGCGAGUGCGUCAGGAAGGCAUGCCACUUUCUACUAUCUAAACAGAGAGAGGACGGUGGAUGGUCUGAAAGCUGCGAGGGCUGUCGACAGAUCAAGUACAUCGAGCAUCCAAGCGGCUCUCAAGUUGUGCAAACGGCAUAUGCGGUCAUCGGCUUGCUCUCUGCUGAGUAUCCGGACAUCAAACCUAUUGAAAAAGCUAUUCGAUUGAUAAUGGCGAGACAACAGCCCAAUGGCGAGUGGCUGCAGGAAGCCAUUGAGGGUAUGUUCAAUAAGACAUGUGCCAUCUCCUAUCCUAAUUAUAAGUUCACGUUCACGAUGCUGGCGUUGGGGAAGUUCGCUCGGACGUAUCCUGACUACAGAAUUACUUGAUUCUUGAUGCUAUGUUAUACUAUUUGUAUUUAUCUGGCACAAUUACGAGGCCAUGAGCCAUUAUACUUAAUUCGCAGGGUGUACAUUCUCUCACUCCGAUCAGACAGAUUGUAUAACAGAAUAUGCAUAUACCACAUGAACACAAAUGAGC